AUGUUGCCGGCCACCGGCUGGAGCGGACGGGCCGCUUCGGAACGCCGCCGUAGCCAUCGACGCCACCUCCCGCCUCUGCCACCUUGGGUGACAAGGGUCUCGUGGACGGUCACGCUGGCCGCCGCUGUCCUGGCGGCUGUGGGUGCAACGUCUCCGACGCCGCAAGCGCGGAACGAGACGUCCAGCUUACUGGCUUCGUACACUACGUUCAACGAGACGGUGAACUUCACGCACUUCGUCGUGGAUACGCACACGGGAAAGGUGUACGUCGGAGCCACCAACUGGCUGUACCAGUUCAACGCGUCCUUGGAGCUCGAGGCCGCUGUACAGACCGGGCCCGUGGAGGACAGCGUGCUUUGCUCGCCGUCUGACUGCAGCGGCGUUGAGGCUGAACUGACUGAUAACAUCAACAAGGUUCUGGUCAUCGACUACAAGGCACGAAAGCUGAUCGCGUGCGGCAGCGUUCACCAGGGCGCCUGCCGACGACAUCAACUAGACGACAUCACUCAGCAAGACGCGCUUGUGCCCAUCCCCGUAGCUGCGAAUGAUCGAAACUCGUCGACGUACGCCUUCAUCGGGCCCUCGCACUACCAUGGGCACACGUCACGUGCCCUGUACGUCGCAACAACCAACAGUCGGCAAGGACCUUACCGGGACAUGGUACCGUCCAUCUGCAGCAGAAGUCUCGACGACCGUCGGCGCCGCGAUCGCAACCUUUUCGGCAUCAUCGAGCAGUCUUUCUCUGCGACUGCUCGAGUGGACAUCGCAAACCACAUCAAGGACUACUACCUGGUACACUACGUGUACGGAUUUCACACGGACCACUUCGCCUACUUCGCCACGGUGCAACGAAAAAGCCACCUAAGGGCGUCUGAGGAACUCGGAUACGUCAGCAGACUCGCGAGGGUUUGCACUUCGGAUCCGGCGUACAGUACCUAUACGGAGAUCACGCUCCAGUGUCUGGGUCCGGACGGCACAAACUACAACCUGUUAACGGACGCGAGUGUGAUGGCCGCAGGUGAAGACGUAGCCGAUGAACUCGGGCUUCAAGUGGGGGCCCCCGACAGCAGGGUACUCGUCGGCGUGUUCGUGGCAAGCGCCGACCAUACAACAAGACCCAGUCGGAAGUCGGCAGUCUGUCUGUUCGCCAUGACGGACGUGGAACAAAAGUUCACGGAGAACGUCCACAUGUGUUACAACGGUAGCGUGCUCACGAGAAAUAUGGACUACAUCGCUGGGAGCAUCAAUCAGUGCCCGGAGCCUGGGAAAGCCGGCAACAUCAUCAACUUUUGCAACGAAACUGUCAAACUGAGCGGAUCUGUGCCCAUCUCGGCUCAUGCCGCCAUCACCUACUCGAACGACACCCUGACAUCGUUGGCCACUGUCCUCGUAGGCCAGCACAACGUGCUCUUUGUAGGCACAGCGAAAGGGACUCUUAAAAAGAUACUUGUAACCGGUGCAAUGGAGGCUGAGGAGUUCGAAGAGAUCUCUCUCGACCCCGGCCACAAGGUGAUACCUCAAAUCUACGUGGAUUCUGCGCAGAACUACCUCUUUGCUGUCUCUAUUUACAAGGUGAGCAAGAUUCGUGUCGAAAAAUGCCACCACUACGCAACGUGUGAGAAGUGCCUCGCCUCUCGGAAUCCAUUCUGCGGUUGGUGCUCUCUCGAAAGACGAUGCACGGUGAAGGCCCAGUGCCAGAAUGCCACGUGGACCCUGGCCGAGCGCAGUCCCUCCGCGCGCUGGCUGUCCCUGGGCUCUAACAAGUGCAUCGACUUUCUGGCCGUGCGCCCACACCAGCUGCCCUUUCGCUCGAUGGCCAUGGUGGAGCUCGUGAUCAACCAACUUCCGCAGUUACCGUACGGAGCUCACUAUCUCUGCGUGUACGGCAACAGCGCGCCAAUCCAGGCCCGGGUGACUCAUCUCGGCUUGGCCUGCAUGUCUCCGCUGGUCGCUGCCAGGCCACCCAUCAUGCCGGGCACAGACCAUGUGGCUGUCGACCUAGCGGUGCGGUCGAGCGAAACGGACACGGAUUUUAUCCACCGGGAGUUCGUCUUCUUCGAUUGCAGCGUUCACAAAACGUGCAAGUCGUGCGUGAUGAGCUCGUGGCCGUGCAACUGGUGUAUGCACGAAAACCUUUGCACGAGCAACGCGACCGACUGCGCCCGCCGGGUCAUCAUUGGAGAGAGCAAUUCGCAAAACUCACUGAUCAAGGGUCGUCAGCACUGCCCGAGCUUCAGCAUUGACGAUGAAAUACUGCUGCCGCACGAGGCCCGCAAAGAAAUCGCUGUUGAAGUGAAGAACCUUCUCACACCGCUGGAAGGAUUUCAGUGCGUGGUAGAAAUCGAGGGAGCCAAGGAGCGUGUGUUCGCCAGAAUCCGCGACAACAAGGUCAUCUGCACCGAAAGUACGUACACUUACCAAGCCGAACAAGGAGAGCUACAAGCAUCGCUUACCGUCCUCUGGAAUGGUGACACGUUCAUCGACAAAACGAACGUGACUCUGUACAAGUGUCUUCUGCUGGGAAGCCACGGCGGUCGCCAGGACUGCUCCCUGUGCCUGACGCGGGACAAGCGCUACCAGUGCUCCUGGUGCGGAGGCUCCUGCAACUACGGACCUUCGUGCGUUGAGCCGGUCACCACGUCCUGCCCGCCUCCCAGGAUCGAUUGGAUUCAUCCUUUGAACGGACCCGUGGAAGGGGGUACCCUGGUGACCAUUGAAGGCAGCAAUCUGGGAACGAGCGAAGAAGAGAUCCGCGACAAGAUUCUCAUCGGAGGCGUCCCUUGCGUCCCCGUUGAAUACAGCGUCUCCGUCAGAGUGGUCUGCCGAACGCAGCCAAGCCCGCACGGCGCUCAAGCCACGUACGUCGUGAUCGGUAAUCGAGCGGGCAUCACCAAGGCGCAGGAAAAGUUUCACUACAAGCCCGUGGAGCUCACCGGAGUCCUGCCGAAGGUCGGACCACAGUCUGGAGGCACGAGACUGUACUUGAACGGAACCAACCUGAAUGUUGGUAGUCACGUGAGCGUCCAUCUGGAUGACAUCGUCUGCCACGUCGAAAGAUCUCUGGCGAGUAGCAGCCAGAUCAGUUGCCGGACGUCGAGGUCCCCGUUCCCGUCGUACCAGGUCUCGCAGCUGACUCUGCGCAUCGACGGCGCCAACCUGACACUGGCCAAUCCCUUCUUUUACACCCAAGACCCGUCUUUGCAUCGGAUCCAACCGCUCAAGAGCUUUCUCAGCGGGGGCAGACAUAUUCAUAUUUACGGAACCAACCUGACGUCAAUCCAACAGCCACGAAUGGCGGUCUUCAACAGUCUUCGGCAGAUCAACGAAACCUCCUGCCACGUGCUGAACUCGUCGGUGAUGGUCUGCCCGUCCCCUGCCGUCGUGAUUCGCACUUCCGGAUCCGGAAACUACGACGCAGACGACGAAGCAGACGUGAUGCCCCAAGCCAUCGCCAGGGGCCAGUACCAGCGUAACGCGUUCGAAGAGGAACUGGAUGCUGUGAGGCUUCGAAUCGGCUUCAUCAUGGACGACGUUCUGAGCGUCCAGGAGCUGUCAAAGUUUUACCCAGACAUCGACUCGGACUUGACAUACGUGUCCGACCCACGGUUUUUCCCGUUCGACAACGACGGUGUCAAGCUUUACAAAGGGGAAUCUCUUGUGAUUGAGGGAGAAAGCCUUCGACUGGCCAGCACGGAGUUUGAGGUGAACGUGACAAUAGGAACUCGGCCCUGCAACCUUACCUCCCUCACUAUGAGCCAGCUUGUUUGCACGCCGCCCGAAGUCCAGCCUCCUGGAACAGACGAAAUCGGACACAGAACGGAGAGCGAUCUUCCUGUGGUUGUGGUACGGGUAGGCAAUAACCUCCGUUAUGAAGUUGGCUACCUCCGGUAUGAAGUCGCCAAAAUGUACGAAUUUCCCCCUGAAGCAAUUGGAGCUAUAGCCGCGGGAGGAACAGUCCUUAUGCUUUUAAGUCUGGUCAUUUUGGCCAUACUGAGACACAAGAACUCACAAGCCGAGAGGGAAUACAAGCGCAUUCAACUUCAAAUGGACACCCUUGAAAAUAGCGUGAGGUCGGAGUGCAAGCAAGCGUUCGCUGAACUUCAGACUGAUAUGACGGACCUGAAUAACGAUAUACAGUCUACGGGGAUACCGACGCUGGAUCACAAGGCAUAUUUGAUGAAAGUGUUUUUCCCUGGUGUACCAAACAGCCCCAUUCUACAAGAGGUGAAGCAAAUAAAUGGUCCCUACAACAACUACGAGGUGGCUAUGACAAAUUUCGAGAUGCUCAUCAACAACAAACGUUUCCUGCUCACAUUCAUUGACACCCUGGAAAACCAAAAUACUUUCAGCAUCCGGGACAAGGUCAACGUCGCCUCGCUUCUCAUGAUUAUCCUGUUGGACAAGAUGGAAUACGCGACUGAGAUUCUUAAGGAACUGCUCUUGAGACUUGUGGACAAAUACGUCGGAACAAAGCAUCCCCAACUGAUGCUAAGAAGAACCGAGUCUGUGGUUGAGAAAAUGCUAACAAACUGGAUGGCGCUGUGCAUGUAUGGAUACAUAAAGGAGCACGCUGGAAGGUCACUGUUUCUGCUGUUCAGUGCCAUUAAACAUCAAGUUGAGAAAGGGCCGGUAGAUGCUGUAACUCACGACGCACGCUAUUCUCUUUCGGAAGAACGCCUCCUCAGGGAACAGAUCGAAUACUCGACAAUUGUUGUCCAAGUCAUUCAGGAAGAGCAAGAUGAAAAGAUAUUCUGUAGAGUGAACGACUGCGACACAAUCAGUCAGGUGAAGGCGAAAAUUUUGGAUUCUUUGUACAAGAACACGCCGUGCUCGAUGAGGCCCUUGAUAUCUGAAGUUGAUUUGGUAGAAUGGCGACACGGAAGGGGAGGACACCUGAUUCUCCAAGACGAAGACCUUACCACGAAGCUGUCCCAUGGUUGCCAGAAGAUCAACACGCUCGCUCAUUAUGGAAUUCAUGAUUCGGCCGUCAUGAGCCUCGUGAGCAAAAAGCGGCGAUACGGCACCAACGGCACCACUCAACACGGGCCUAUCAGCCCUUUCUCGGCGAGCAACAACAAUUACGAGAGUCAUUACGGCACAGCAGUCAAAUAUUGGCAUCUCGUCAAGCCGCUGGACGACCGUCAGGAAUGUCAACAGGAGCAGAGGCACAAGGCUAUUCCCGAGAUUUUCUUGACGAGGCUGCUCUCGACAAAGGGCACAAUACAGAAGUUCGUUGAUGACUUCCUGCACACCAUCUUGACAGUCAACGACAGAUUACCGUGUGCGGUGAAGUGGCUGUUCGAUUUACUUGAUGUCACCGCAGCGAGGUAUGGCAUUAUGGAUGCGGAAGUGUCCCACGCUUGGAAGAGCAACAGCUUGCCCUUGCGGUUUUGGGUUAACCUAGUGAAAAAUCCAGAUUUUAUAUUCGACGUGGAUAAGACGCCGAUCCUAGACGCUUGCCUCUCAGUGAUUGCGCAGACAUUCAUGGAUGCUUGUUCGACGACAGAGCACAGACUCGGCAAGGAUUCGCCUUCAAACAAAUUGUUAUUCGCAAGGGACAUUCCGAGUUACCGAAGAAUGGUCUGCAAGUUUUAUCAGGACAUCUCCAAUCUUGCUCCAGUGACCGACCAAGAGAUGAGCGCUGCUAUGCAGUCGCUAUCAUCUGCGCACGCUGGGGAGGUGGAUGUCCUGAAUGCCUUGAAAGAGUUGUAUAUUUAUGUUACAAAAUAUUCGGAGCAGGUGAUCGAAGCUCUUGAGGACGACGAGGAGUGCCAAGAGCUUCAGCUUGCUCAGCGGUUGGAAACUGUGGCUUGUACACUCAGUGCCGAGAGGACUUUGCCUUGCUGAGCUUGAAGUACUUCAGCGACGGCUGUGUUAGCAUCAAGCACCUCUGAAUAACUGCGCAGAAGAACCUCCUCGCAAGGAAACCACAAAAAACAAAAAAAGCGAUCCGCGAACACUUUGGACUUCUCAAAUUCCAACUCUGGAGCCUAUGUGAGGACGGUGCCCAAUGUGAUCUGUCUCAAGUGUACAUACACAAGGUACUCUACGGCCAUGCUGGCUCAAGUGACGACGAUUGUGUCUACUCUUUGUUUUUGUACCGAUGCAGUGCGUUGUGUGCGUGUGUUUGUGUAUAUGUACCCGGAAAAAAAAACACACCUGUGCCUCAGUGUGCCCUCCUCAGCUUGGCGGCGAUGACUGAGACGCGCGGAAGAGUCGUGUUCCCGGAAUACGUGAAAAGCUAGAAAAAGGGAAGUAAUUUAUUUUGUACAAGCUGUAACGGAGCAGAUGGCCAACCUGGCAGGGUCGCGGGCGUUUUGUUAAUAGGCCUCUCUGUACACGCGGGUGCGAUUUCAGGGUCAUCGUGAGAGAGACCAUUGUGCAACGUGGUCUCGGGGAGUCCAACAAGGUCUGAACUGAUGUUCCCCGUGAUAGCCGAUUUGAGCCGCAUGAAUCAGGGCGUAACUUGUACGAGACGCAGAUGCAUGAGUAUAGGUGCUGUAAGAUACUGCAAGGGUAUAAAAAUGUUCGAAGCUAAGCGAGGCGCGAGGGAGGACUGUACAAAAUAAAAAAAUAGCUAGUCAUUGCAUCAAACCUUCUUGUGUUCUCAUUGCACGGCAUUACAAAGGUGGAAUCUCACCACAAAUUUUAUAGUUUUUCCUUGCUUUUUUGGGCAAAUAAUCAGUUAUUUACCAAUGUAACUGUAUUCACAAUUCCUCAAGGAAUUGCAACGAUUUUACAUGGUGAUGCUUUGUAUUGCAGCUAGAUCAUUUAUUAGGUCAAAAUAUGUAGAGGCAAAGUGUCUACACUCACCCCCCCCCCCCGCCCCUUUCCAAACAACAACAACAACAACAACAACUAAGUUUGGUCCUUCAAACAUGAUGCUAUCUACAAUACUGUUUUAUUAAAUUGACGAUUUCGAGAAAUAUUAAGGGUUCGGCCCUAAAAUAACGCUUUAAGUCCUGUGACAUAAUGCACACUCUUUUAAGCAUAAGGUCCUGCGUCUCACUUUGUACAAUGUGCAACCUUAACGUACUCGCGCGAAUGCUAAAGAACAAGGGGCAGCUAAUGUUACGCUGCCUUAAACAGGGUCUUCAAUGUUUGUGCAUACGCUAUGCAUCCGUAUCGGUCUGCUGCCUUGCUUAAAAACGUCUCACCGUACGUGGUGGCUCUGCGGAAGGUGCAGUGAACAUGUCGUGUAUUAAUAUGCUCCGGUACUUAAUAGGUUUAUGUAGAGAAAAUAAAAAGAAAGUGCUUUGUAGUUCCAUGUUUAACUAUUCCAUUAGUGGUAUAGUUGGUGAAAAUAGGUUCAGUUUGAAAACUAUUUUUUAUACAGAAGGAACUGAAGUGCAUUUUUUGCAUUAUUUUGUGGAUUCUGGUGUGAAUAAAAGUGCUGGAGAAUGAA